CUAGAACAUUAUAGAGUCCACGAUAGAGAUGGAAAAAGAUCCGUGUGUUUUUGAUGCCGCGCAGCUUUUAUGGAAGUUGUGACUAAAUAGCGUAACAGCUUUGUGUUUCCUGCUGCUCUUCCAUUCAAGUACCAAGCAGACUCAGCCCUGCUUAACUUUCAAGACCAACUAUGUUUACCAGAUAUCUGAAUGGAGAAAGGAGGAUGGACAGUUCAAAAGAAGGACAGAUGGAGAGAAAAGGAGGACACACAGACUGUUUUAACCUUCUUGGCAGUUGCGACAAAAUUUACAGCAAAUACUGCAAAAAAUGUACUUAGGCCUACAGGUGGCUUCUAUCAACUUUUAGACUCAUUAUAAAUUUCUGAUUAAUAAUCUAUUCCUUUCAUGAUGGAUAAGGAGAAGAAAGAAGCAGGCUAUUUUCAAGAUCACAAUAUAUGAAAUUUUGAAUCAUUACUGCUGUAAAAACAGUUCCAUUUUUUUAAAAAAUACUCAGCUGGGACAUAUUUGAUUUUAAGGCUGGGCCUACUGGACAGAGGACAUGAGGGCAAAAAAGAGGACAUACUCUUCUUUUACAAGACAUCUGAUAACACUAAGCCUAGAGAAAAUGUGUUAAAGGUAAAAGAAUGGGAGAGCUGCCAUGAUGUCCUUUGAUUAUGUACAUUAAGAGCUAUCCAUCUUGAAGCAUUCUUUGUCUAACAAAUAAAGAAGCUAAAGGAAAACAAGUGGAUGUUACAAAUGGAUAACAUAGACAUCUCAUAAUUUUUUUAUAAAUAAUGUCCAAUUCAAGGUUCACCUUUAAAGCCCUUCAUGGCAUAGGACUGGGUUAUCUGAGGAACUGCCUCUCUCUGAUUUCAUUUGCCCACCUCACAAAUCUAGCAGAGAGGGCAUGUUAUGAGUGCCAGGGAGCUACAUUUCGUGGGUCCUAAGCAGCAGGCCUUUUCUGCUGUGGUGCCUCUGCUGGGGGAUCUUCUCAUCCAAGGUAUCAUGCUGAGAAAAUAUUCUCACCUGAAAUACAUUGUUAUUGGAUUAUUCUUGCUGGUGGCUCUUAUUACUUUAAUCACUGUGGCUAUCACACAAAAUUUAUCUUCCACCAGGAACUGUAAAUAUGGGAUUGUGUUGGAUGCCGGUUCUUCACACACAAGUGUGUAUGUAUAUGAAUGGCCAGCUGAGAAAGAGAAUAAUACAGGAAUAGUGCAUCAGAUUCACGUAUGUGAAGUAGAAGGUCCAGGGAUCUCAUCAUAUUCUAAUGCUGUGGAAAAUGCCAGUGUCCCCCUAAAGCACUGUAUGGAUUCAGCAAAGGAGAUUGUGCCACAGGGAAAGCAUCAGGAGACCCCUGUUUACCUAGGGGCAACAGCUGGCAUGCGGCUGCUGAGAUUGAAAAAUAAGGAUGCUGCUAGGAAGGUUCUCUCUGCAGUGGAGGAAACAUUGCGUAUAUAUCCCUUCAAGUUCCAGGGCACCAGGAUUCUCAGUGGUGAAGAAGAAGGUGCUUAUGGCUGGAUCACCCUUAAUUACUUGCUGGGCAAAUUCACAGAGUCUAUCUGGCCAAGAGUAUUUGGCCAUACGUUCUUCAAAAGUAGGACAACAGGAGCACUGGAUCUUGGAGGAGCAUCUACACAGAUUACCUUUGUACCAGAUCCAGAUAAGAUUGAAUCAUCCGCAGAUAUAGUAAAUUUCCAUCUCUAUGGCAAGGAAUACAUGGUAUAUACACAUAGCUUCUUAUGUUACGGGAAGGACCAAGCUCUUCGCCUCAAGCUGUUACAAGAUGUUCUUUCUUCAACAACUGAUAGACUCCAGGACCCAUGUUUCCACCAAGGAUAUGCGAGGACACUUAAUGUUUUUGAUCUGAUCACAAAUCCCUGCACAGCACAUAACGUCACUGUACCGUAUUCUCAGAUCCAAAUCCAAGGUGAUGGGAAUUAUGAAAAAUGCUUAGAAAGCAUCCAGAGAAUUUUUAAGACUAAAGAUUGUCUUUACUCCAGCUGCUCAUUCAAUGGCAUUUUCUUGCCUGAAGUGUCUGGAGAAUUUGGGGCAUUUUCUGCUUUCUACUAUGUAAUGAAUUUUCUAAAUGUGACCGAAAAACCUAUGGACCAAGUGAUAGAGACAGUGAAGAACUUUUGCUCCAAAUCCUGGAAUGAGGUGAAAGAUGAAUUUCCUAAGGUAAAAGAGAAGUACCUGAGCGAAUAUUGUUUCUCGAGUACAUAUAUUAUCUCCCUGCUCAGCCAGAGAUACAACUUCACUAAGGAAAAAUGGCAGAAUAUCCACUUCCUGGAGAAGAUUGAAAAGAGUGAUACAGGAUGGACGCUGGGCUAUAUGCUAAACCUUACCAACAUGAUCCCUUCAGAGCAGCCCUACACACAUCUCUUGUCUCACACAGGUUUUAUCAGCUUCAUGGUCAUCUGCUCUGUUCUAGUGAUGACUCUGCUCUUAGUAGGCUGGAUGAUAUAUUGUAAACCAAAGUGCCUGAGAAAGGAGAUAAUUUAGGGUGCAGAAGGUAGUAUGACACAUCAAUGGAAACACUGCGGUUAAGAUCAGGAGGUUGUACUUUCCUACUCCGCUCUGCUGAAAUAUCUAGUUUAUAUGAGGGCUUUCUGGACCAUUUGCUCUGGCACCAACAGAUGCCAAAACAACAGCAUGCUACCAUUUUAUUCUCCCUCAGAUUGAAGACUCACUUUUAAUCCUACUCUAAUUGAGGAUUGAUAAAUUCUUGCACCUACUCAGGUGUGCCCCUCUCUCAGGUAUGCCACUUCAUACAUUGCUUUGGUCCUGGAAAUACAGCACAGGGACAUCCAGUCAGAAAUGAUGGGCUGAACACUGCAAGGACUAACUUAAACGGAUAGCUGCAGCUGCUCUUGGAUUCGGUGUUUUCUUUCAUUCUACUGGAAAAAAACACAAGCAUUCAGAAAUACCACCUACUGGCCCUACCCAAUUACAGUUUUGAAGUACUCCUUUAUCAGAUUUGUGAUAGUAUUUGUAUUAUUUCACUGUAAUAGCAUUUGUAAUAAUUCAUGUAUGAAAGAGGAUGAAAGUGAAAACCUUUGACAAUAACUUAUCAAUUCCUGAGAGAAGAAGGGAAGAACAACCCAAAGUACUCUCUACUAAAAGCUAAAGAACAAAAUGUAGCUAAUGAAUUUGCAGCUUGACCCAGAAAAAGGAGCAGUAAAUUAUUCCUGAUGUGUAACAGUUGGUACCUGAGUAACAGGCCUUGCACUGAUGAACUGUUUAUUAAGUGUUUGGGUUCACUGUCAGCUGCCUUAUGUAAGUUAUAUAGUUCUUGGGCACUGAGGUUUGAUUUCACACUGUAUAUUAUAAAAAUCCAUUGGUAAUAUUAUUAUUAUCAUUCAAAAACCGUAUUGGGGAAGAAGGAAACAAACCCUUUGCACAUGUUUGCAAUACAGAAGUUCUUAAGAGCAGAAUCCAUGGAAGAAGAAUUCCUUCUUACAAGCACCAAAAGAAUGUUCCUAGGAAAAAACUAAAUACGGUUUGAUUUGCACUGAGAUUUUAUUGUAAAUUAGGAAUACAGGUAGUCCUUGACUUACAAAAGUUCAUUUUGUGAUUGUUCAAAGUUACAACAGCAUUGAAAAAAGCAACUUAUGACCAUUUUUCACACUUACGAUCAUUGCAGCAUCCCC